AUGUCUAGCCUCUCUAUCGAUCUCACCGCGCCAAACGGCCGUGGAUACACCCAACCACUGGGAUUGUUUAUAAAUAAUGAAUUUGUGGCGGCCAAGUCCGGCGAGAAGAUCAUAUCCAUCAAUCCAACGUUGGUUAACCCAGAUUCUAGCCUUGAUGAAUCUGAGAUUGCUUCUGUGCAAGCUGCAGGUGCAGAAGAUGUGGACAUUGCUGUAAAGGCUGCUCGCAGAGCUCUCAAAGAUCCCUCAUGGAAAAGCCUUUCUGCUACAGACAGAGGAAAGCUUAUGGUCAGGCUCUCAGAACUUGUUGAGCAGCACAAGGAAACCUUGGCUACAAUUGAGGCUUGGGAUAACGGUAAACCAUAUACGGUUGCGCGUGAUGGGGAUUGUGGAGAGGUUGCGGAGACCUUAAGAUACUAUGGCGGGUUUGCCGACAAAGUACAUGGCAGCACUAUCUCUACCACGUCCGCCAAAUUUGCCUACACUUUACGCCAGCCCAUUGGCGUGGUUGGACAGAUCAUUCCCUGGAACUAUCCUCUUGUCAUGGCUGCAUGGAAAUUGGGUCCGGCAUUAGCUUGUGGAAAUACCAUUGUUAUCAAGGCAGCAGAGCAGACGCCUCUUAGUAUCCUAUAUCUCGCAACCCUGAUCAAAGAAGCCGGUUUUCCUCCUGGCGUGGUGAAUAUUCUCAACGGCUUUGGGAAAGAUGCGGGGGCAGCAAUCGCAACACAUCCAGACAUUGACAAAAUCGCCUUCACUGGAUCCACUGCUACUGCUCGUCAAAUCAUGAAAAUGGCUGCCGCAAACCUCAAGAAUAUCACCCUCGAGACUGGUGGAAAAUCCCCUCUCCUCGUCUUCGAGGACGCGGAUCUGGAACAAGCAGCUAAGUGGGCACAUAUCGGGAUUAUGUCCAACAUGGGCCAGGUCUGCACAGCUACCUCACGAAUUCUUGUUCAAGAUUCCAUCUAUGACAAGUUUGUUAUUUUGUUCAAGGACGUUGUCGCUUCCACAAGCAAAAUGGGUAACCCGUUCUCCGAUGACACUUUCCAAGGACCCCAAGUCACCAAAGCUCAAUAUGAUCGCGUACUUUCGUAUAUCGAGGCGGGGAAGGCCGAAGGCGCUACCUUGGUCGCUGGUGGUGUACCCUAUAAAAAUGUUGGAGGCGGAAAAGGUUUCUUUAUAGAGCCCACCAUUUUCACAAAUGUCAGGGACAACAUGACAAUCUACCGCGAAGAGAUCUUCGGCCCAUUUGUGGCCAUCGCUAGUUUCAAGACUCAAGAGGAGGCUAUCGCCAAAGCAAAUGAUACGACGUAUGGUCUCGGUGCGGCAGUAUUUACGCGAGACAUUGAGCGAGCCCAUUAUGUCGCGAGCGAGAUUGAAGCUGGCAUGGUUUGGAUUAACAGCAGCAACGAUAGCGAUUUCCGUGUGCCAUUUGGUGGAGUGAAGCAAAGUGGUAUCGGGCGCGAGUUAGGCGAAGCUGGGUUGGAUGCAUAUUCGCAGACGAAAGCCGUUCAUGUGAAUAUGGGAACAAAACUCUGA